AUGGCAGCUGGGGUCGCGGCGUGGUUGCCCUUUGCCAGAGCCGCUGCCAUAGGAUGGAUGCCAGUGGCCAACUGUCCCAUGCCCCUUGCCCCUGGAGACAAGAAUAAGAAACAGGACGAGCUCAUCAUCCUCAAUGUGAGUGGCAGGCGCUUCCAAACUUGGAAAAACACCUUGGAGAGAUUUCCGGACACCUUAUUGGGCAGCACCGAGAAAGAGUUCUUCUUCCAUGAAGAAAGUAAGGAGUAUUUCUUUGACCGGGACCCCGACAUCUUCAGGAACGUGUUGAAUUUUUACAGGACGGGCAAGUUGCACUACCCAAGGCAUGAGUGCAUCUCAGCCUAUGAUGAAGAGUUGGCUUUCUUUGGCAUCAUCCCGGAGAUUAUUGGGGACUGCUGCUAUGAAGAGUACAAGGACAGGAAGAGGGAGAAUGCUGAGAGAUUGAUGGAUGAUAGUGACUCAGAGAACAAAGCGGAGGGCAACCUUCCAUCCAGAACCUGUCGCCAGACCAUGUGGAGAGCCUUUGAAAACCCCCACACCAGCACCUUAGCGUUAGUCUUCUAUUAUGUGACUGGCUUCUUCAUUGCAGUGUCAGUGAUCACCAAUGUGGUGGAGACGGUGCCCUGUGGAAUUGGCCCUGGCGAUGUCAAGGACCUGCCCUGCGGGGAGAGGUACGUGGUGGCUUUUUUCUGCCUGGACACGGCCUGUGUGAUGAUCUUCACGGUCGAAUACCUCCUCCGGCUCUUCGCUGCCCCCAGCCGCUACCGGUUCAUGAGGAGCGUGAUGAGCAUCAUUGAUGUGGUGGCCAUCAUGCCUUAUUACAUUGGCCUGGUGAUGACCAACAACGAAGACGUGAGUGGAGCCUUCGUCACCCUCAGGGUGUUUCGUGUGUUCCGGAUUUUCAAGUUUUCUCGCCAUUCCCAAGGCCUGAGGAUCCUCGGCUACACUUUGAAGAGCUGUGCCUCUGAACUUGGAUUCCUCCUCUUCUCCCUCACCAUGGCCAUCAUCAUCUUUGCCACUGUGAUGUUCUAUGCGGAGAAAGGAUCAACUCACAGCAAGUUUACAAGCAUCCCCGCCUCCUUCUGGUACACCAUUGUCACCAUGACAACUCUGGGCUAUGGUGACAUGGUACCAAAGACAAUCGCUGGGAAGAUUUUUGGCUCCAUCUGCUCGUUGAGUGGUGUGCUGGUGAUUGCUCUGCCUGUACCAGUCAUUGUCUCCAACUUCAGCAGGAUCUACCAUCAGAACCAGCGAGCAGACAAGCGACGGGCACAAAAGAAAGCCAGGCUCGCGAGGAUAAAGAUAGCAAAGACUGGAAAUGCCAACGCUUAUCUGCAAAUCAAACGUAAUGGCUUGAUGAACGAGGCACUGGAGCUCACAAGGACACCACAGCAGCAGUCUCUGAACAAGCCAGGCUCAGCUGUGGCGAGACAGCAUCACCAUCUGCUCCACUGCUUAGAGAGAACAACAGGACUGUCUUACCUGUUGGAUGAUCCCCUUCUAUCAAUCCGAACAUCUGCUUCAACCAAGAACCACGAGUUGCUCGAUGAACCGGUUUAUGAACAGAACUGCCUGGAAGGUUCAAUGCAGAAUUGUCCGUCCACCCACAGCCCAUCUCUGUCCUCGGAGUCUGGGACAACCAGUACCUGCUGCUCCCGUCGCAGUAACAAGAAGUCCACUCAUCUUCCCAACUCCAGUGUGUCAGCCGCUCACCUGAGGAGCAUGCAGGAACUUAGUACCAUUCACAUCCAAAGUGGAGAGCAGGCAUCCUUCAACACCAGCCGCUCCAGCCUGAACGACAAAUCGGAGGAGGGUCUGCGAAUCAACUGCAAGAGCUCGCAGAUCGCCACAGCGAUCAUCAGUAUCCCCACCCCGCCCGGCACUACACCCGAGGGGGAGCAUCAGCCUGCUAUCCCCAACCAGUCCAGCACCAGCAUGGAAGCCGCAAGCUGUAACAUCGUGAAAGUGUCUGCCUUGUAA